AUGGGUUCACCUUUUGGAUGGUACGGUCCUCUCAUAGACCUCUCCACAGCCUCUUCUCACAUCGGCGAUUUCGUUCAGCUUCUCGUUUUCGUUCACCGUUCCUUCUCCGUUCAGGUUUCUCAUUCUUCAAAACGCGCACGAGACCUUACCCGAACCCACAUUCAAGUCGGCGAUGAUACGAUGCCGUAUUUCGUAGUCUCUCUAUGGCAGAAGCACAUGGGGUCCAUGGUGGCAGCAGGAGACGUCGUUUUGUUACAGAACUUCAAGAUUGCGAAAUAUGGUGAUGUUGUUGAGGCCAGAACCCUGCAGUGGUCUUCGCUGCUUUGCUUGGUUCACCCUUAUGAAUCACUCGUCUCGAAGGCUGUGGAAGAGUUGAUAAUAGGUUGCCGUAUUGGGACGAUAACAAAGGACAAGCUUAGGAGGGUCAUAAAGUGGGUGCAACAGUCUCGAUCCACCAUUUGCAACAUCAAGUUGCAGUCCAAUCAACAAAUAGAGCAUCUGCCUAGAAACUGGACGUUGCAUGAAGAGACAAAGCCUAUGGACUGCUUUUCACUUAUGGAAGUUUCUCAGCUAACAACAUCAUGCAAGGCUAUAGUAUGUGCAUCUAUUGGUGAAAUUGUUCCACUACUUACUACCUGGACUUCUGUUGAUGCCAUGAAAGAGAUUUUCCUUAGCAAGAGAUUUCAUGGAACUGAGGAUAAAAAAUUAGUGGAUGAUUUCUUAUGCACUGGCUGUCAGCUAUGUGGUUCACCCUUAGAUUCAAAACAUGAGAAAAGCGCCAUUCCACUGAUUUGUUCGAAAAGUUCAAGCCGACUUCAUUCAGUAUGCUUGAUAUACAGGCCUUUCAUGCUAUAUGAGUGGGAUGAAUCAGAUUACCUGCCAGUUCUCGUUAGGAACAGGGCCGCAGAAAUCUUGUUUGGGAACAUCAAGGCUGGAAAGGUCUAUUCAAGUUAUAAAGAACAAAUGCCUAACCAAAAUUGUGGGCCAAGAAAUAAAUACAAAGAUGAAGAUGCCGAAGAAAGGCUUGCUAAUAAUCUGAGGCUUUCUGGGGAAGAAUUUCCGAGUGCCAAUACUUUAGAGGUGGGUAAGAGCUUGCAAUUGGAGGAAAAACAUUUUCCUGUUAAGAAGUUUGACUUUUACCGUGUCUGGUUAAUUUUUCUGAAAAUGUUGCUGAAACAAGGAAAGAACAGUCCUCUGAAAUUUGAGAUCAUUGUUGAUCCCAGCUUAGAUAUAGAAAAUGGAAAAUUUGAAAUGAUUUCUACAACAAUGCCUUGCUUUGGUACCAAUUAA